GCAUGUUCAGCCCUCUAAAGCAAGCACAAUUCCAAAAGAUCAUAGUCUUCUUUCCUCUUCUUACAAUAUUUGUACGUAGCAAGUCUUUAAUUAAUUAAGAAAAAUGAAGGCAGGUGCAGUUGAAGUUGGUCAUGGUUCCAAGGUUACACAAAGAGGGGUGAAUAGAGGAAUGUCUAUACUUGACUUAUUUCUAAGGAUAAUCGCCAUAAUUGCCACCUUAGGAAGUGCCAUUGCCAUGGGAACUACUAAUGAAACACUACCUUUUUUCACUCAGUUCGUUCGUUUCAGGGCCAAGUAUAGCGAUCUACCCACCUUCACGUUCUUUGUGGUUGCAAAUGCAAUAGUAAGUGCAUAUCUGCUACUUUCUCUGGGGAUGUCCAUCUUCCACAUCAUGAGGAGUCGAGCACAAGCAAGCAGGAUUGCCUUAAUAUUCUUUGACGCGGCAAUGAUGGCGCUAUUGACGGCGGGAGCAUCAGCAUCAGCAGCAAUAGUGUACUUAGCACACAAAGGAAAUACAAAGACAAACUGGUUUCCAAUCUGCCAACAAUACGACUCCUUUUGCCAUCGUACUUCUGGUUCCUUAGUUGGUUCCUUUAUUGGAAUUAUAAUCUUCAUACUCUUAGUCUUGCUCUCUGCUCUCUCCCUUUCUCGUCGUUGAUUAAUUUAAUUUCUUCUUGCCCAGCUGUACGUAUCACUUAGCUUGUGGGUUUUAAUGUGUGCUCGUUUCUAUGUUUUUCAAGAUUUGAGUUUACGUACCUUGUAUCUCUCAUGUUUAAGAUUGUUCCUUGUGUUCUUGCUUUAAUUUCCACGUAAUUUCUUGUAUAAAAGGAUGUGCUUUCUGUGAUACGUGGAGCCUUCUUUAUUUUUUUUAAGUUUUCAUUUAUGUGUAAUCAAGGAUUCUUCUGUACAAGAAAUUAUAUUAAUUAAUGGUUUGUUUUGCAUUG